AUGUUUAUCAAGCCCGCCCUCCAAGCACUGCUUGCCCUUUCGAUCGCUGUCGGAGCAGUCGCCGACCAAGAGGUUGUGAACUCCCCUGCGAGUGGCCCUCUAUCCAUCAACUAUGGCAAAUGCUACAAAAUCCAAACCGAGCAGCGCACAUGGAUGGCCAACAGAGGCGAUGGAUAUCAGCGGUGGGACUACCUUCUGAAGAAAGCCGACAUCUACAAGGUCUGCCAGCACAAAGUCGACGGAUCCUGCGAGUACGAUGCCGUUCGCCCGGUCCAGGGUGGGGAGGACUACUUCCUCUGGGCUUUCAAUGCCUACAAUGGCCAGGGAGCGAAUCUUCUAGCUGUCUGGAAUUGGUUCUUCCCUAGCUAUGACGGCUAUAGAGAUUACAUCUUCCACUUCCAAGGUGAAGCAGAGUGUGGCCAUGGUACCAACCCUUGCGCUAUCCGCACUGGUGGUCAUAACGAGAAAACUGCCAAAGGUUUGACUGGAGUCGACUUCCCUGCCAGAGCCACUGACGGGAGCACAGUUUUGCUCUGGUACCAUGAAGUCGAUUGCCCUGAGUAA